ACACUUAUUUCCGCUAUGGAUCGGACUGACGUUGAGUGGCUUGAUGCAGCGCCCAUAAAACACGGCGUGUCGUCUACGUUAAGUAACACUCACUAAGUCACUGUUCACCCGAGACACGCUCACAACAUGGCAAACGCAGUCAGGGAAGUUGAAUCUUUGGUGGAGUUCCACCAAAUCCUGAAGGACUCUGGCGACAAGCUGGUUGUGGUGGACUUCACAGCCACCUGGUGCGGCCCCUGCAAAAUGAUCGCCCCAAUAUUUGUGAAAGAGGCGUCAAAGCCUGAGAACAAGAACGUGGUUUUCCUGAAGGUCGACGUGGAUGAUUGUGAAGAUGUCAGUAAAGAAUGCGGGAUCAGCUGCAUGCCCACUUUCCACUUCUACAAGAACGGCGCCAAGGUGUUUGAGUUCUCCGGCGCCAACGUGGACACGUUGUUGGAAAAGCUGGUGGCUCUGAGAACAUGAGGUCCCGGCUCCGCUCCCCCUCAGUAACGCCACCGUAGCCCUCGAUGCACGCGUGAGAAAACUCCAGUGGCUAGUCGUGUGACCAUCAGGAUGUCUCUUCCACACAGGCGUCUGGGGGACAUGUCCUUUUGUCCUUCUGUUUCUGUCAUCAGAAUUUUGAAUUAAAACCUCAUGACCACUUUUAGAUCAGUCUUUUUUUUAAUUUGAAAUGGGCUUUGCUCCUGACUCAUUCCUGAGGUCUGUUCAAAGUGGAUUGUAAUAAUAAAAGAUGGCUAACAGGAA